AUAAUGUUCUAGCGAGGUUAUGUGGUGCGCCUAGCAUUCCCCUAGUAUUUUUAUUAUUCUCUCCCACUUAAAUACCCUCCAAAACCACAUCUCUAAAAGUGCCUUUUAAUUUCCUUUACUGGCCACCCUCUGUUUCUUCUUCUUCACUGGAGCUGUACUGCUCGGAAGCAAUAGAUUGAUACAAAGGAAUGGACACUAUAAAGAAGCAAGCAGCCAAGCUCAGAGAGCAAGUGGCCAAGCAGCAACAGGCACGCGUGAUGAUAUCUUCUCCCUUUGUAAACUUAUAUCAAAAUAUAGACUAAGGCAUCCAAAUGACUCUACACCUAGUUCUAUGAGUCUAUGAAUUUUCUCUUUGGCUAGACAAUUAUGAGGCACUUGGGUCAGCUGGGGCAUGAAGCUUUGAUGGUAGAUGAGUCUGAACUACAGUGUCACCAACAACUUGAGAAUUUAUACAGAUCCACUAGGGAUGCAAAGCAUUUUCAGAGGGAUAUAGUUCGAGGCAUAGAAGGAUAUAUAUCGACAAACAAAAAACAAAUGCAUAUAGUUAGAAAGCUGGCUGAGGAUUCUUGCAAUUACGGGAUUGAAUGUGCAUGUAAUGCUCCUCUUCUUGCAAAGGCCACUUCUAACUUUGGUGCCUCACAUACUGUGAUUCAAGACCAAAAGGAAAUUUUACUUGGAAUUCUUGGACAGCAGGUUUCAGAGCCACUUCGUGCAUCAAUAAGUGGUGCUCCUUUAGAGGAUGCUCGUCAUUUGAUUCGCUGUUAUGAUAGGAUGCGCCAGGAGCUUGAAUCCCAGGCUGCUGAAGUAAUAAGACGACAAUCAAAGUUCAGAGAUGCUUCUUCUGAGAGUUUAGGGAAGCUCAAGGAUGCUGAAAUAAGGUUGAGUGAGCUUAAAACCUCCAUGUUGGUUCUUGGGAAUGAAGCAGCUAAGGCCAUGCUAGCUGUAGAGGAGCAGCAGCAGCAGACAACUUACCAUAAGCUACUCAAAAUGCUGGCAGGUGGAUGCUGAAAGAUCAUAUCAUCGAAGUGUUAUUUCUUUAUUGGAGAAGCUACGUUUAGAAAUGAUUACAGACGAAGAACUAAAUGAGUCUCUGCAACAAGACUCAUCAACAGAGACAGCUUCAAAGGGAUCUACUGCCCAUCCACAAUUUGCAAAGGUCUUGCACUCAUUUGAUGCUGAAGCAGACGGCGAGCUAAGUCUUGAAGUUGAUGAUUAUGUAGUAGUCCGUCAGGUAGCUCCUAACGGAUGGUCCGAAGGAGAAUGCAAUGGCAAAGGUGGAUGGUUUCCCUCAGCAUAUGUCCAAAAGAUAACACCUCGUGGCCUAACAUCAGCAGCCAAAGAUGAUUCUUUUCUUCCAAAUAACUAAAUACUAACUAAAUAUGUUCAAAUUCUUUUAAAUGUGUGUAUACUUUUGUGUAAAAUUUUCAAUCGGGGGCGUAACUCACAUGAUAGGGAAGAUUGAAGAAGGUGCCACAAGGGAGAGGUUCCAGUUUCAACUCUAAACAAUGACUCAGGAUGAAACUCCACCCUUUUUCCAUCAGUGUGAUUAAAACUCAACUUGCAUCCUCUCAGAACUGUCAAGUCGGUUUUGGGAGGCUCUCAGGGAUGGAAUGUCAUUCUUUUGUGUAAAAUUCUCAAUUGUACAGUACAGACUGCAAACACCUCAGAACGUUAUCGUAAUUUUCUUGUCUAUAUAGUAUAGUUAUAACUUAUAAUGGAAGUGUAAUUUGGUUCAAGUUUGUUGGGUUAAUAGGUUCGAUGGUGGAACGGUCCAUUAUCCCUUUCCAAGUAAACCAUCAAGGCCCAAUUUGGGAACGAUUCGACAGGUGGCCAGAUGGACGCUCGUCUUAGUAACAAAGUCUAAAAGUCACUGAUGUAGUUGAUGAUUCAAAUUUCAAAAGUAAUGCAAAAAGCGGGAUAGAUGCACUAUUGAUAAAUUUGUCAAACUCCACAACCUUUGAUGUUGUCCUUGGCCCAGUGUAACCUAAUGAUGAUUCAAGGGCCUCAAGCGGAGCGAUCGGCACAGGCCGAGCGAGUCCCCAUCCUUGUACUUACUUGGCCUCAGAACUCAGGGACCGGAGAACGUUCGUCUAUAUUCAUUGGCGGGAAACGCGUUUAAUGCAGUAGAUUUGGUGAUUGGGAAGCUAGCCACUCACAAUCCUCCACAUCAUCAACAGCACCUACCCCUUGAUAGUAUAAAUAGUAACAUUUGUUUCAUUGUAAAGAGUUGAUAACUUAUACUCUCCAACAAUAACAAUUAUCUCCCCUCUUCCUAGCUCAGAUAGAUGAUCGGCCUAGCGGGCUUGUAGUGGAGUGUGUUGUGAUAGACUCUUAUUGUUGUUGAAUAAGA